GUUGUGGGGGCUGGAUGGGAGGUGGGUGGUGCCGCUCCCUUUGCGAAACUCUAUGGUGCCGGGCCCGGGAGCAGCAGCGCGAGCCGCUCUGCCCAGGCCCAGCCAUGGAGGUGAAGGCAGAGGUGCCCCGGCUGGAGUACAUCGCCGUCUCGCUGAAGUGCGAGGCAGAGGAACCUGUGCCAAUUGCAGCCUGUGCCCGGCUCUGUGCCCCCCUGGGCGACCUCGCCCCCCGGGGUCAAGCUGGAGGAGGCUGACAGGGACCCUCUAGACAGAGGGGGAGCACCAGCAGAGGCAGGGCCUGGUAGGGCCUGGCAGCAGGAGUACUUAGUGGGAGACUGCCCGGGGCGCGGCGGGGCCGUGUGCAUGGUCUGUGGCACCUUCCUGGGCACCUGCGGGCCGAGCGCUGCCCGGGAACACGUUCUGCAGCACCACGCCCACUCAUUGGGCCUCAGCCCGGAGGAGAAGCGCAACAUUCUGGAGGCCUGGAGCCAGGGGGGCAACCUGCCCGAGGGGGUACCCCCACCCUGCACCCCAGGUCAGUACCAUGGGGCCAGGGAACCAGCCGAGAUUGAGGUUCUAAUUGACCCAGAGGAGCAGACGGUGACCCGGAAACGUGGGCAGCCCAGAGGGCGCCCUGCCCCCCGCCCAGAUGCUAGGGCCCUGGAGCCCGGGCAGCGCCCGCGGGGCCAGAGGAGACGACAGAGCGUGGGGCCUGUGGAGGGCAUGGCGUUACCAGCCAGGGAGCGGAGGAGCAAACAGCUGAGUGAGGGACAGGACAGGGGCACCGUGAGUCCAGGGACAACGUCCCCCUCAGAGGAGGCUGCCCCCAGCUCAGCGCCCCCCGAAAUCCGCCUCUUCACUGACGGUUCUUUCCCAGCCGGAUUCACGCUCAGGUUGUACUGCAGACCCCAGCCAGCCUCUGGAGGGAGAGAAAUAGGGAAGAAUCCAAGCAUCCAGGAACAGAAGAGCCCAGGGGACAGGGGCAAAACCCAGGCACUGGGGAAGAGACAGAAACAGCUGGGCAAAGCAGGAACCGUGAGACGGGGCUCAGGGAACUCAGUUGGCAGCUGCCCCGUCUCUGCGCUGCCCAGCCAGGAUCUGAACCCAGGUGUCCCCCGCCUCCGCCGCAAGGGCUACUCUCACCAUGGCAUCACCCGGCGCCUCCGCCUGAGCCCCAGUGCCGUCCGCUGCACCCUGCAGAGCUGGCGGGCGCGGGGCAAGGCCCCACCAGCGCCCUCCCCUCCCCAGGCCAAGCCCUUUGAUCCAGCAUGGCGCGCCGACUUCCUGAUGGACUAUGAUGCUGGUGCUGGCACCAUGGUGUGCAUGGUCUGCGAGUACUCACUGCUGCCUAUUCGACUGGGCACCGUCAUGCGCCACAUCCGCCAGUGCCAUGCCGAGACCCUGCACCUGCCUCGGGGUGUGCGCCGGGCCAUCCGUGAGGUGUGGGAGACCCGGGGACCCGUCCCCGCUCCACCCCAGCACGGGGCGCUGAAGGGGGAAUAGCGAGCCAGGGACCUGCCCCUGCUCCUCCCCAGCACAGGGCGCUGCAGGGGAAGGAGUGAGGCUGAGGGGGGAAGAGGGACCUGUCCCCGCUCCACCCCAGCACAGGGCACCACAGGGGAGGCUGCCCACAUACUGCCUGGGGUGACCUGCAGGGGGGCAGGAGCAUCUUCGGGGGUGAGGUAGGACGCUCCUGAUCGACCCAGCUAUACAGGGACACUGAGAUGCACCCCCACCCUCCCCACUAUAGGUGUCCCCCACUCUAUGGAAAUGGCCUUUGAUCUCUGCCUCCUUUGUCCAGCAUUCCCCCUCCACUUCCUGGGGGGAUCCAGCGCCUCCUUGCCCCCUGGCACUGUUCCCCUCGACAUACCUGUCCUUGUGCCCCCUGCCAGUGGGGGCAGGGAGCGCUGGGGCACAGUGCCAACUGGCCCUCCCCAAGCUGCAUUAUAGCCCCAGCUGCAGGGGGCAGCAAACCCCUGUCUCCCCCACUCCACCCAUGCCUAGGCAGGGGUGUGAUGAAUGCCCCCUGCAGUUACCCAGAGCAGCCACACGAGGGCACCCCCACAGAAUGUAAAUAGAGCCAGGAGCAAUAAAUUAUUUUUGAUGAA